AUGGGAUGCAAUCCUAAUUUGAGUUAGAAACUUUGUAUAAAGUAAUUUGGUAAUAUGGAUGGAACAACAUCUGAAUGUAUAUUCGAUACAUUUUGCCAUACUAUUUAUGAUAAAUAUACAACAAGAUGCAGCAACAAAUUAUCAAAAUCAGGUUGUUUAUCAAUUACAAAUCCUGAUGAACUUUGUAAAUGGGAGAAUGGUUAAUGUUAGAAUUUGAGUAUUGAAGAAACUAAAAAUAUUAAUUAGGUAUUUUAGGAUUUGGAAUUGAGUGCUUCAGUAUGCAGUCGUAUUUCAGGAUAUUUAAUUAUUCAUAGUACUCUCUUAUGGGAUUUAUUAUCAUAUAAAUCUGAUCUCUUUACAGAAGCUUAGAACUUAGUUAAAGUAGAAGCAGGAAUAACAGUAGACACUACUAAAAUAUAUGAAGAUUAAAAGUUGGGAGAUAAUUAUAUAGACAAUAAUGGUGAUUAUAAAUGGUAUACAACACCAACUUAAUUGAGCAUAACAAAUCGUAUAAAUUAUUUAUAAUAUUAGUUAAAAUAAAUGAUUAUUCAAGAUAUGGAUGUAUAGCAUAAGAGAUAUUAAAUGAGAGUAGAUUCCUUACUCUUUUUAGUCUUAGUGGUAUAAUAAGAGGUGUCAAUCACAUUUAUUGUAAUUAUUUAAGCAAACAUCCUACUAAUCCAGUAAAGACAGUGUUUACUAAUUAUGAAUGUUAAUAAAUAACAGAUAUUCAAUUAUAAGAUUAAUAAUAUAUUGAUUAGAAUUAAAUAGUAUGUUAAAGUAUGAGUGGAAUGGUAUGUUAAAGGUAUUUAAAUGUGAAUUAGAAAUGUCAAAUAAAUUAUUAUAAAGAAUAUGAAUGUUACAAUAUAAAAACUAUUUAAGUUCAAUAAUAAUGUAAUUCAUUAAUAAGUUUGGCAACACAUUUUGAUUGUUCUUAGGUUAAAGGUAGUGCUUGUUAUUUAGAUUAUUCAAAUUAAAAGGCAGAAUGUAGUUAAAUUUGUGUUUAAUAUAAAACAAAAAUAAAUUGUGAAAAUGAUACUCGUUGUGUAUGGUUGGGUAGUAAUCUAUUUAAUUUAAUUGAUUCAUCAAAUUCUAUAUUUAUAGUUUGUGCUCCUAUAAAUAAAUGUGAUUAAUUAGGUUUAAAUUAAGAUUUAUGUGAAUUAAUGGCAACACCUUGUUAUUGGGAUAUAAAUUUGGGUAGAUGUAAAACAAUCAAAAAUAUUGAAUAAAUGAAAUGUUAAAAUUGUAAUACAAUAUUUUGUUGUACUUCAAUUAUAAUGUUUGAUUAAUUUUGUAUAUGGCAUUAAAAUAAUUGUUUGAAUGUUAAAGAUCAAAAAUUAUAUUCUCAUUAUUUAUCAUUUCCAGAAACUACACUUAUGAAUUAUAAUUUGUGUGUAUCAUAAUCAGGAAAAUAUUAUUAUUAUAAUAUAGAAUAAUAGAAAUGUGAAAGUUCAUAAGUUAAUUUAUAUUCACCAUGUGUUGAUUUUGAAGAUUAGAAUUAUGAUGUAGAUGAUUAUGUAUGCAAUAAUGGAGUUAAUGAUAGAAUUAAUAAAGAAUAUUGUUUAAAUCUAAUUAAUUCUAAUACUAGAUGGGAUUAUUUUAAAUAAAAAUGUUUACAUGUAACAAAUACACAUAAAUCUUGUAAUCUUAUGAAAUUAGUUAAUCCAAAUUUAUGUAAAGAAGCUAUUGUUUUAGAUAACAAAUUAUGUCUCUAUGAUUCUUAAAGUUCUACUUGUUAUUAUAAGGAUGCUUCUGUUUUACAUUGUGAUACAAAAGGUAUCAAUUAAGUAUAAUGUUUGAGUAUAACAAAUGAAUAUUGUGCAUGGAUGGAUAAUUAAUGUAUAUAUCUCCAACCUUCAAAAAUUAAUUACUAUAAUUGUUAUGAAUUAUAAAAAGUUAGUCCAAGUGUUUGUAGAUUGUCUAUUUAUUAAUCUAUUUAAUGUAAAUAUGAUGAAGAUUCUAAAAGUUGCAUUAUUUCAUAUAUUAAUAUAUCUAAUUGUGAUUAAUAUGCUAAUAGUUAUGCAUGUAGAAUGUCAUCAUCUCUAUGUUAUUAUAACAAUGUAAUAAAAUAAUGUUAAGAUUCAACUCCAUUCUUAAAUUAAUUUAAUUGUAAUACUGAAUUCAUAAGUUAAUCUACUUGUAUGGGAAUUACAAAGCCUGGAUAAUAUUGUUUUUGGGGAUCAAUAAAUAGUGAUUAAACUAUCAAAUGUAGAAAUCAUGAAAAAGGUUUUUACUCUAAUUGUAAUACAUUUGAUGGUUAUUCAAAUGCUAAUAUUUGUGUUAAUUUAACAACUAAUAUAGCACUCAAUCUAUCUGAUUAAUAAUAUUGUGAAGUAGUUGAUAAUGUAUGCACAUCUUUAGUAACUGAAAUUAAUGAUAUUGAUUGUGGUUAUACAAGAUAAAUGAAUGUCUAUCGUUGUAUGGGAUACACUACUGAAUAAUGUUAUUUUUAGAAUUAAAAAUGUACAAUUUUAAAUGGACCUCAAGAAUAUUAAGAUAUAAUAUUAAAUUAACUUUUAUGUUAAAAUAGUAAUAUGUAGAUAUGUACUAAAAUUACAACACCUGGUUAAGUAUGUUAUAAAUAAAAUACUCAUAAAUGUAUUUCAAUGUAUUUAUCAUUUGGAGAUAAUUGUGAAAAUUUGAGUUUAUUAGAUAUGACAAUUUAUAAUCCUUAAUUAUGUACACAUAGUACAGAUGCAUGUUAUUAUGAUAAGAUAACUAAUAAAUGUAAAAUACCUGAAUUAAAUGAUAUAUUUGAUUGUGAUUAAAUUGGAGCAUCAUAAAUAUUAUGUUUAUUACAAACUAGAGGAUCUUGUGUAUUUGUUAACAAUAAAUGUUCAAAAUUAAUUGAUUAUACUAUUUCUUGUGAUUAUAGAAAUAGAAUGGGUUGUACAUAUGGAGAAUUGAAUUGUGUUUGGGAUUAAAAUAAUAAAUAGUGUAAAUUAUCAACUGAAUUAUGUCCAUAAUCUUAUGAAGAUAUAAAAUCUUGGAGAAUUUGUGGAAUAAGUAGUGGUAUUUGUUUUGCAGGUCGUAAUGGUUGUUCAAGUGAAUAAGUAACAGUACCUUGUUGGUUAUCAUUGAGAUAUGAUUUAUGUAUAUCUUAACCUGGUUAUUGUUAAUGGAUUGAUGAUAGAUGUACAGAUAAAGAGUAUGAUUGUGAGGAUUCAAAGACAAUUUAAGAAUGUACUUCACAUAAAACUAAAACUUGUGUUUAUGAUAAGGGAUAAUGUUUUGAAAUAAUAAAUUUCUAAAAUUAUGAUUGCAAUGAUUUUCAAUAUACUACAUUAAAUUUUUGUUGGCAUUAUUAUCCUUUAUGUGUUUAUAAAGAUAAUACUUGUUAAAUGAUUAAUUAUAAUGCAAAAAGUGAUAUGAUAGAUGAAGAUUUUGCUUAGUAUUAAUGUUCUAGUUUAACAUAAACUUAAUAUGGAUGUGCAUUAUAAAGAGCAAUGCCAUGUCAAUUCUAAGAUCAAAUUUGGUUUCAAUAUUGUUCAUCAAUUUAUACUUGGUAAUUGAAUACUUGUGAUUAUUUUGAUUAAACAGAAGUUAGAUCUUUUUUAGCAUGUGAAAGUAUAGAGAAUUGUGGAUUUAAGAUGACAUUAAAAGGUGAAAUAUUUUGUCACACAAUUCCUUUAUAAUGUGAAACAUUGACUCCAUUUUGUGUUAAUGAUAUUCCUGGUAUUAAUUGUUAUUUAGAUAAUGAUGUUUGUUUAACUUAUACAGGUGAAUUAACAUGUUCAGCAGUAGCUUCUUAUUAAGUUAAUCGUUAAUUAUGUAUUUCAAUUAUGUAAAAUGAAUUAAAUACUGAAGAAUGUUAUUAUUAAGAAUCUACAAAUAAAUGUAAGAAAAGAAACACAAUAGAAAUUAGUGAUUGUACUUAAUAUACUGAAUUAUAUUAAUGUACAUUUGUAGAGGAGAGUUGUUUAAUUGUAUUAGAUUUAGAUGGAGUAUUUUAAUAAUGUAAUAUAUCACAAAAUAAUACUUAUGAUAUUAAUUUAAAUUAUUAUGGUUGUAUUUAAUUAACAGGUAAUUUAUAUUAUUUUGAUUUAAAUUUAUAAACUUGUUUGAUCUAUGAUGAAUCUAAAUAUAAUAGUAUUUAUAUCUGUAAUUAAUUAAAUUAACAAUCAUGUAUUUAAAUUUUAAAUGAUUUAAAAUGUGUAUGGGUUAAUGAAAAAUGUGAAGAAUAUAUUAGAUCUUAUGAGUAGAUAGAUUGUUAAUUCAAAAAUAGAUAAACAUGUAUAAAUUCAAUAUAAUCACCUUGUAUUUGGAUUGGAGAUAAUUAUGAAUGUGAUAUUAGUGAUAAUAUUGGUAAUUAAUGUAAUGAUGGAACCUAUUCAAAUUGUUAAUAUAGUGAAAAUUAUUGUAAAUCUAUAUCUUAAUUAUGGAAUGGAGUAACAUGUUAUGAUUAUUCAUCCAAUUUACCUUACUCAUUUAUAAGAUGUAAUAGAUUAGGAUUAUCAAGAAGUCUCUGUCUAGAAAACACAGCAGAAUUAACAUGUUUUUGGGAUGGUUAAAAUUGUUUAGAAGCUAAUUUAAAAACUAUUAAUUGUACAGAUGAUGUUUCAUUUUAAACAUGUGAAUAAAUAUUAACAUAUAAUUAAAUUUGUAAAUGGGAUAAUGGAUAAUGUAUAAAUAAAGUAAACUCUUAAAAUUGUAAUGAUUAUAUUACAUGGACUUAUUGUAAAUAAGCUAUUAUACCUUGUUCAUAUAAUUUAGGAACAAAUACAUGUGAUUAAUUAAUUGAAGUUGAUUAAUCUUGUUCAGAUACAUUGAGUUAUUCAGCAUGUUAAAAAGUAAUUAAUUAAUUCUGUUCUUGGAUUAAUAAUACAUGUCAAAAAUGGUAUAGAAGUAAAUAUUCUUGUGAAAACUUGGCAAAUUAAUGGGGUUGUUUAAAUACAUCUAUGUUUUGUACAUGGAAUGGUAAAUGUGAAAAUAUAGGAAAAGAUUUUUAACUUGUUUCAUGUUAAGAUAUACCAUCUGGAGUAAUAAUUAUUAUAUAUAAUUUAGUUUAAUAAAGUAUCUUGUUCUAAAUAUUCAAUGGAACCUUGUAAAUAUGAUGAUGUAACUUAAAAAUGUAAUAUUAAAUUAACCAGUGAAUAUACUAAUUCUAUGUAAACUGAUUAAAGUAAUUUUAUUUAAAUAAGAUUAAUUUAUGAAUGUACCUAAUUUUAACAAAAAGAUGAUUGUAUUGGUAGUCGUAUAGGAUAUUGUUAAUGGUAAAAUAAUAUUUGUAUUAAUUGUUCAACUAGUAAUAUUUGUAAUAAUAGUACUUGUUUUAAUAAUAGUAUUAAAUAAUGUUUAUCAAUUUCUAAUGUAUAAUGUGCAUGGAGAAAUGAUUAAUGUGUAGAUUGGUAAACAGAUGAAAAUGUUACUUAAACAUAAUUAUCAUUAGUAACUGAAAUUUGUUGUACAACUUUAAAUAUGGCUAUCAAAUAUGAUCAAAAUCUAUCAUCUUGUAUACCAUUAGAUCUUAAAUUAGAUAAUUGCAAUUCUAAAGGAUUAUCAAAAUAUGUAUUAAAUAAUAAUCAUUUUAUUAGGCUUGUUUAAAAUUAAUAAAUGCUCCUUGUAUCUACUAUAAUAAUCAAUGUUCUUUAUAUUAAUUAUUAAUCAAACCUAAUUGUUCUGAUUAUAAAGAUGUAACCUAAUCUGUUUGUCAAAUGAUACAACAUUUAAGUUGUAAGUAUGAUUCCAUAACCAAUACUUGCAAAGAUAUUAAUACUAAUUCAGACACAUGUAAUACUCUUGGAUUAUCACUUAAUGGUUGUACAAAUAUUAAAACAGAAGCAUGUUAUUGGAAUAUUAAUACAAAAAGUUGUUAAAAUUUUAUAAUUAAGAAAGGAAUUAAUUAAUGUGAUAAUUAAACAUAAUUAAAUAGUUUAAGUUGUUCAUAAUUAAAUUAUCAUAAUAAUGUUUGUUCAUAUAAUGUAGAAAAUAGAACAUGUUAAGAAAAAUUUAAUAAAUAUUUUAAUUGUACUUAUCCUGGACUAAAUAAAAUGGCAUGUGUUUCUUUGAUUUUAGAACCAUGUUAAUAUGUAGAUAAUAAAUGUCAAAAAAUAAUGAGUCUUAAGAAAAGUUGUUUAGAAUUAUCAAAUGUUAACGAAAUUGCUUGUAAAAUGAAUACUUUAGAUAGUUGUGCAUAUGAUCCAAUAUCUAAUAAUUGUUAUUUUACAUUAUAAUAAUUACCUUGUAAUUAUCAUGGUUUAAAUUAUAAUAAUUGUGUUCAUUAAACAAAUUGUAAAUGGUCAUAUGAUAUCACUUAAUGCAUUUGUUCUAUUCAAUAACCUAAAACAUAAUGUUAAUUGACUGAAAUCAAUUGUAAAUCUAAUACAAAUUGUAUUUAUGAUUAUGAUAUUGAUAAUUGUAGACUAAAAAAUUGCAAUGAUUUAAAUGAAUGUAUUGGAUCUAUUAAUGGUAAAGUAUGUUAUAAGGAUGCAUAAUAAUAAUGUUUAAAUGCUUCAUAAUGUGAAGAUAUCAUUAAUUUAAAUAAUCUAUCAAAUUGUACUGAUUUUGUAUUUAAUUCAUCUAAUUGUAUUUAAAUUCUAAAUCAUUGUAUAAGUGCAUCAAAUCUUAAAGAAUUAUGUCCUAAUAGUGAUUGUUCAAAUACUGCUUGUAAAUAUGAUAAUUUUUAAUGUCGCCCUUUAACAUGUGUAGAUAGAAAUGAAGAAGAUUGUUAUAAUUACUCUAAUUGCAUAUAUUUGGAUAAUUAAUGUUAAGAAAUCUCAACUUGUUCAACAAUAACUGAUUCCACUAUUUGUAUCUAAACUACUAUAAAUAAAUUCAAAUGUUCUUGGGAAAUGUAUGGAGUCUAUGAAAAUACUUAUCAUUGUACAAAUACAUAUUGUCAUUUAUAUAAUGCAUCACCAACUUUAUGUAAUGGAAAUGAAAUUAAUGAUUAUUCUUGUAUUAUGGAUUAAUUUUUAUAAUGCAAAACUUGUGAAUCAAUUACAGAUGAAUGUACAUGUCUAAAUAGUAAUGGAUCAUGCUUUUAUUCAAAUGGAAAAUGUAAUUCUAUAUUAUGUUAAUCAUUUUUAACAGAAACAACAUGUACUAAUAGUAAUAAAUGUUAUUGGAGUUUUUAAGAUAAGGUUUGUAGAAAAUUUUGUAAAUAACUAAUUUUGUAAUAAGAUUGUGAAGCAUUAGAUUAUGAAUGUCAUUGGAAUUUAUAUCAAUAUAAAUGUGAAUAGGGUAUAGCUGUAGUACCUGAUUUGAGUGUCAAAAUUAAUGUCCAAGAUAUUCAUGGAGAACUUAUUUCUUAUCUUAUUUUGAUAUUGAUAUUAAUAAUAUGA